AUGGAGUGGGCCGACGACGUCGUCGACCGGCCGCGGCGCGCCAAUGCAGGAAAUCGCCUGCAGGAGCUGCUGGCGAAUGGCUUGGAUGAAGAAGAGGAAAAGGCACUGCAAGCGCUGAGCGACGCCUCCUCCGACACAAGCUUCACCCUCGGCAGUGACGAAGAAGCGAUGGAUGAAGUCGAAAGCGACUUCGACGCCGAGGAAGUUGGCGGGACGCUAGAGGGAGAGACGGUGGAAACAGAGGCUAUGGUGCGCCGUGCCGAGCGGCUGGGACGGCAGCUGGAGCGGCGGAAGAAACUGCAGCGCUCGCAGAACCUCUCCAAGAUGGCUGUGCGUGAUCGAGCACAGCGACCGCAACGCACGAAGAAGCAGGAGAAGCGACAGCGCGACACCAACGACACCGAUCGAUUUCCUCGACAGCGGCAGCCGCACAAGGGCGGUGCCGUCUCUGAGAACGAUGGCGAGGAUGGGGAAGAAGAUGGCGACGAGGACGGGAGCGAUGAUGUCAUCGACCUGCGCCAGCGGGUGCGGCGUCGACUAGCCCCGACGAUACCGUGCAGCCAGCGUCUUGCGGAGGCGCACACGCGUGCUGCGGCUUUACGAGAAGCACAGGCUGCCGCAGAGGUCCACGGAGAUGGGCAUGCUGAAGACGAGAGCAGUAGCAGCGGCGGCGCCGGCGUUAUGCACAUACGCCGGGGACUUAGCACGGGCAAGGCCCAGCAACGGGCUCGGCGUCCGCAGUGCAACAGCAGCAGCACAGCACGGCGGUCCGCAUGGGAAGCGACAGCCGCGUUGUCUACACCGGUGGAUAGUAGUAUGCCGGGACCGCUACCGGUGUUUGUGUCUCCGCGCAUUGCACUCUACGAAGGCAUCCCGCAGAGAGUGAGGUAUAGCAGCGGGACGUCCGUACUCCAGCGCUUCCACGUCCCCACCAUCGUGUCCUUCUCAGCGGCGUUACCACCAGUACUGCAGCCUUGA